AUGAGACUUACAGUGUUGUUAAUUUUAUUUUUUCUAGGUGAAGAUGGGAAAGCUGAAGAUGCUUUAGUGAAAUUCAAAGAAUACCAAGACAAACUUUCUAGAUCGGUGAUAUUCAUCAACCACAAAAAACUAGUUAAGGAGAAAAGUAAUAUUUGUGGGAAAACACUUACUGUAGGCAAGAACCAUAUUAUUUCAAAAACACUUUGUGAAUAUAAACCUGAUAGAAAGGUUUUUAAAAAUACUUCAGAAUUAGUCAUUAGAAAUAUAAACCCCAUAAGAGAUAAAGUUGGUGAGAGUAAUGGAUGGGAGAAAUCACUCCUCAAUACUAAACACGAGAAAAUUAAUCCUGCUCCUGCGGUGAAUCUCCACAGACAGACAGAAAGGGAUCUCAGGGGUAAACAAGCGCUUACUCAACAGAAGGUUCAAACCUCAGAGCCACAGCUCAAACAUAAUGAAUGUGAAAAAUCCUUCCUUAUGAAAGAAGUGUUAUUUACACAUCCUAGAGUUCACAAAGGAGAAAGACCCUUUGAAUGCAAUAAAGAUGGCAUGGCCUUCCUAGAAAAGCCAAAUCUUGGCAUCCAUCCACAUCCUCUUACGGAAAAGAAGCCCUCCGCAUACAACAAAUACGGGAAACUCCUCUGCAGAAAAUCUGUUUUUAUUAUGCAUCAGAGAUCUCAGACGGAAGAGAAACCCUUUCAGUGUCCUUACUGUGGGAAUAGCUUUAGAAGGAAGUCGUACCUCAUUGAACACCAGCGAAUUCACACAGGGGAGAAACCUUAUGUUUGCAAUCAGUGCGGAAAGGCCUUCCAUCAGAAGACAGCCCUCACUCUUCAUGAAAAAACACACAUAGAGGGGAAACCCUACAUUUGUAUCGAUUGUGGGAAGUCCUUCCGACAGAAGGCAACCCUCACUAGACAUCACAAAACACACACAGGGGAGAAAGCCUAUGAAUGUACUCAGUGUGGAAGUGCCUUUAGAAAGAAGUCAUACCUCAUUGAUCAUCAGAGAACUCACACAGGGGAGAAACCAUACCAGUGCAAUGAGUGUGGGAAGGCAUUUAUCCAGAAGACAACUCUCACUGUCCAUCAAAGAACUCACACAGGAGAGAAGCCCUAUAUUUGUAAUGUAUGUGGGAAAUCCUUCUGCCAAAAGACAACACUCACUCUCCAUCAGAGAAUUCACACAGGGGAAAAACCUUAUAUUUGUAAUGAAUGUGGGAAGUCCUUCCGCCAGAAGGCAAUUCUCACUGUUCAUCACAGAAUCCAUACAGGAGAGAAAUCCAAUGGAUGUCCACAGUGUGGGAAAGCCUUUAGUAGGAAAUCAAACCUCAUUCGCCAUCAGAAAACUCACACAGGAGAGAAACCAUAUGAAUGUAAAGAAUGUGGGAAGUUCUUCAGCUGUAAGUCAAACCUCAUUGUCCAUCAGAAAACACACAAAGUAGACACCUUGGGAAUUCAGUAAGUGAUGUGACUUUUUUUUAUAAAAACGUUUUAAGUCAUAGCUAACACAUGUUGCUUGCAAGUGUAAUAAUAUUCAACAGUUUAAGGUACUAAAUACUGCAGAACUCACCUACUGUUUGCUACCCAAUAAACACACACACACAUGAUGUUACUAGAUAAAUAAAAGGACAAAGCACAUUGAAAAAUAAAAGCCAACAACUUUUAUUAGAUUCAGCAAACUAAACUCUCCAGGGUCAAAUUGCUAUAAACCUUUAAAGUUGCUUAUUUCCCAUUUUAAUACACACUUUCUGUGAACCUGUAAUAAACAGUUGGCCAACUGGCAGUUGUCCGUGGACUACACUGUGAAUAGAAGUGCUUUAAAAGGAUAUGUGAAGUGUAUUUCUUAUUGCAAAUAUGGAAAAAACUUAGUUGUUACCUCCUCAAAGUUAACCACAGUUCUAACAUUAAAAUUAGCUUUUGUAUAUGAUAAAACUUUAUAUGAAUUGAUUAUAUAUCAUGUAUUCACAUAUGACUUAUUUCAUUUAUCAUUAUGUGUAAUAAUAAGUGUGUGUGGUAAAGGUUCAUUUUAUUUUUAUUCUGUAUAGAAUUAUAUGAGUGUGUCACAAUUUAUACAUUCUACUUGUGAUGAACUUUUACAUCGUUUACAGUUGAGGGUCAUGAUAAAUACUGCUUCCGAGAACAUA